AGUACUUCACUCAUAAUUUUUGUUCCAUGAUUGUUUUAUAUCCCUCAUUUUUAGUACUUUUUAUGCUGUUGACACUCUGAAUAUCACUUGUCUUUGAUAAGCAAUCUGAUGAUAGGUUGUGUAAUUCUGAUGAAAUAGUAGCACAUGUUGUUAGUAGAGACAUUUGGCAUAACAGGCUAGGUCAUCUAGCUUUUAAAAAACUGGAUAUGUUGAGUGAAUUGUUGAAUUUUCAAAAUAAUAAAAGGGCCACGGUUCCUUGUUCAAUAUGUCCAUUGGCAAAACAGAGAUGGCUGUCUUUUGUUUCAAAUAAUAGCAUGUCUCAAAAGGCUUUUGAUCUUAUUCAUUGUGACACAUGGGGACCUUAUCACAUACAAACACAUGCUGGUUAUAGAUACUUCUUGACCCUAGUAGAUGAUUGUACAAGGUUUACUUGGGUAUUUCUCAUGAAACAGAAAUCUGAUGUUAAGGCAAUUAUACCUAGAUUUUUUGCUAUGGUGGAAACUCAAUUUAAUACGGUUAUCAAGACUUUUAGGUCUGACAAUGCCCCUGAAUUAUCUUUUACGGAUUUUUUUUCAUCUAAAGGGGUGCUUCACCAAUUUUCUUGUGUUGAAAGGUGUGAACAGAAUUAUGUUGUAGAACGUAAACAUCAGCAUUUACUGAAUGUGGCUAGGGCUCUAUUUUUUCAGUCUCGGGUUCCUAUAAAAUUUUGGGGGGAAUGUGUCCUAACUGCGGUUGCCUUAAUAAAUCGAACACCAGCUGCUGUUUUACAUUCUCAGACACCUUAUCAAAUGUUAUACCAUGCUCCUGUUGACUAUGCUUCUUUGAGGGUGUUUGGAUGUUUGUGUUUUGCUUCCACCCUACCUUCUCAUCGGACUAAGUUUUCUCCUAGAGCCACUGCAUGUGUCUUCAUUGGCUAUCCACCAGGCAUGAAAGGAUAUAAAUUGUAUGAUCUUCAUCGCAAGUCUAUAUUGGUGUUCGGGAUGUUGUGUUUCAUGAGCAUGUGUUUCCUUUCCACACUGUUAAUUCCUCUGCUGACUUGAUUGAUCCUUUUCCCGAUCUUGUUUUGCCCAUGCCAUCUUUGGAGAUGACAUCUUCUUCAUCUCCUCAUGAGAUUUCUCCUUCCAUUCAAUCUUCCCGUACUCCAACUUUCUCUGAUCUAGCUCCAGUUUCUUCCUUUGAUUUGGCUGUUCCUUAUUCUUCUUCUAUUGCGGCUCCUACUUUUCCUGUUUGUAGGACAACCUGAGUUAUUAAACCACUAUCUUAUCUUCAAGAUUUUCAUUGCAGUCUCCUGACUAGCAAACCAUUGUCAAAUACUCAGACUCUUUAUCCCUUGAAUGAUCAUCUUACUUAUGACAGACUUUCAGCUUCCCAUAGUUCUUUCAUUUUAUCAGUUUCUUCUACUCCAGAGCCACAACAUUAUUCUCAAGCAGUUCAAUUUCCUCAUUGGAGGGCUGCUAUGGAGGCUGAACUAAAUGCUAUGCAUCAAAAUCAAACCUGGUCAGUUGUUUCUCUUCCUUCUAAUAAACAUUCUAUUGGUUGUAAAUGUGUGUACAAGAUUAAAUAUAACUCAAAUGGUUCUAUAGAACGAUACAAGGCUCGUUUAGUGGCAAAAGGAUAUACUCAGCAAGAGGGUUUAGAUUUUUUCGAUACAUUUUCUCCUGUUGCAAAACUGGUAACAGUUAAGAUUUUACUUGUUCUUGCUGAUGUUCAUAAUUGGUCCCUUGUACAACUUGACGUGAAUAAUGCGUUCUUAAAUGGCGAUUUAUUUGAAGAAGUGUAUAUGGACUUGCCCCCUGGUUAAAAGCCUAAAACUCGUCUUUUGGGAGGGAGAUUAGUGUGUAAGCUGCACAAGUCUAUUUACGGCUUGAAGCAGGCUUCUCGUCAAUGGUUUUCGAAGUUUUCUAGGGUUCUUAUUAAACAUGGGUUUCAUCAAUCUCGAUCUGAUUAUUCAUUGUUUACUAAGGGUACUGGCAGUUCUUUUGUGGCCUUACUCGUUUAUGUUGAUGAUAUUAUCAUCACUGGUCCAAAUGCUGCCACCAUUACUUCUCUAAAGGAAUUUCUUCAUCAUCAUUUUAAACUGAAAGAUCUAGGUCGGUUGAAGUAUUUUCUUGGCUUGGAAAUAGCUCGGUCUUCUAAAGGUAUUUCUCUAUCUCAGCGUCAUUAUACACUUCAGCUUCUAGAGGAUACAGGUUUUCUUGCUUGCAAGCCUACUUCAUUACCCAUGUUACCUAAUACCAGAUUAUGUUCAUUUGAGGGUGAUUUACUGCCUGAUCCUUCAGUGUAUCGAAGGCUUAUCGGUAGAUUGCUUUAUCUUACAGUUUCUAGGCCUGAUAUUACCUUUACUAUUCAUAAGCUCAGUCAGUUUAUCUCACAGCCUCGUCAGCCUCACUUAGAUGCUGCUCAUCAUUUGUUACGAUAUCUUAAAACAGCCCCCGGUCAAGGUUUGUUUUUCUCAGCUAAUUCUUCGCUUCAGCUUAGAGCUUUUUCUGAUGCUGAUUGGGGCUCUUGUUUGGAUUCAAGACAGUCUACUACUGGAUUUUGUAUUUUUCUUGGUGAUUCUAUGAUUUCAUGGAAGGCUAAGAAACAAAGUAUUGUUUCCCGCUCUUCUGCAGAGGCUGAAUAUAGGGCACUUGCAUCCACUGCAAGUGAACUGGCUGCCAUUCACAUUGCUUCCAAUCCGGUGUUUCAUGAGCGCACGAAGCACAUCGAAUUGGAUUGUCAUUUUAUUCGUGAGAAGCUGGUUGCAGGAAUUGUUAAGCUGCUUCCCAUUCGCUCACGACACCAGCUGGCUGAUGUCUUCACCAAAGCGUUACCAGCAUCUCUUUUAUUUCCUUUGUUAGCCAAGAUGGCUGUUCAUGACAUACACAGUCCAUCUUGAGGGGGCGUAUUAGAUUUUACUGUAUUUUUGUGCUGUCAUAAUUUUAUGAUGUUAUUUCUAUUUUCUGUUACUGAACAAGACAAUGGCAUUUUUGUCAUUUGAUGUAUUAGUUCUAGGAAUAUAUAAUAGAGGAGCUGAAACCCCAAAUGGGUUAAUGAGGCA